AUGCGAAGCUGGCAUAGAAACGGUGUUAGAACGGAGUACGAAACUGCUGUGGAGCACGAAGGGGUUGUGGAGGAAUACGAAGCUCGACUGAAGGCCAGGGAGGACAUCAUCGUCUCACUUAGAAAGGAGAGCGAGUGGAUGGUCGAUGAUUUGAGGAGGGCGCGAUGCUUUCUGCCACUCAAGAGGGGCAACCCAUUGGAGAACGUAUUCCGGCAGUCCCAGGAGGACGGCUCCUCCUGGCCUACCUAUCUCGAUCAAUGGGGAGAAAUCCACCAUUGA